GAGCUGAGCGUCGCGUCGUGUUGCGUGUUUUCGGUAUUUGUCGUGCAAAUGGCGGUGGUCGCGGUGUUUUGUGCGAUGUGUCUUCGAGAUUAAUUACGCCACACCGUUAGCGCAGCGUUUGACGAUAGAGCGUACGACAGAGUGAGACUGUGACACGAUAGCGGUUCUUGAUGAUCAUGGUGAAGCUGUUGAAAAGAUUCUUCGCCGGUGACAAGGUGUUCGCAAAAGUUCGAGGUUACCCGCCAUGGCCAGCCAAGAUUGAAAAAGUUAACGAUCCAAAUUCUAAGAAUGCUAAAUACAGCGUCUACUUCUAUGGUACAGGUGAAACAGCUGUCUGCAAAGUUGACGAGUUAUAUACCUAUAAUGAAAAUAAAGAAAAAUAUGGUAAACCUAAUCGACGAAAGUUCUUCCAUGAAGGCAUACAGCAACUUGAACAAGAACUUAAAAAUGACAGAAAUAAGCCUUUAGCAGAUAUUGCCGCUAUUAAAGCUGCUGAUACAACAGAAUUACCAACUGCAAGUGCUACAGAUAGUGAUAUAGAAACUGGUUCCUUAGUAAUAGAUGAAGGAGAAAAAAAGAAACCGAUAAAGAGGAAAACUCUCCCAUCUACUCCCAAUACUCCUCAAGAUGCUCCGGAAGUGAAGAAAAAACGUGGUAGAGGGAAAGCCUCGAAUGAUACAUCAAAACAGGAAGCUCUAGAUUCACAAGGCGAAGAGUCACCUAAAGAGUUGGUUAGUCGUAGUGGACGUAAGAUUAAACCAAAACGCUAUGUAGAUUCAGAUGAAACUGAAAUUAGUACAGAACAUCGAGGUCGUAAAGCGAAAAACGAAGAUUUUAACGAGCAUCAGAUAACACCAGUGACGCAUAAAAAGAGAGCUGCUAUUGAAAAAAGGAAUAAUGAAGGAUCAAUUAUUGAUGGAACUGUAGUAUCAAGUGGUACAUCUUCUGAUACACCAAGUCGAGUCCUCUUAGCUCGUACAUUUGCUGGAGAACAUGUAGGCAUUAAACUGGACAUCGAUAGGCCAAAAUCUUUUGAAAGUGAGAAGGCUCGAUCACAGUGGGAUUGGUCAACUGCUAGAAAUGCUAUGAAACUUAAAGCACAAUUAGAAAGCGGUGAAAUUUUACCAGAACAAGUAAAAGAUUCUCUAGAUUUUAAUGUACCCGUGCCAGAAGAUGAAAAACGUCUUUUAACAAAAGAUGGAGCUGUUCAUCGCAAAACAUAUAAAUUGAGAUGGCUUCGUAUAGAAGCUCAACUCUUGCAAUUAGAUGCUCAAAUAAAAUCUAAUCUUGGACUGGAUCGAGCUAAUACUGAUAAAUGCUUACAAGCGAUGGAUGAAAUUUUGGCUCUUUCAAUUGAUCCUUUAAUGUUGAAAAAACAUCCCCAUAUUGUUGAAACAGUAAAAAGGCUGCGACGAUACAUUGGAAAUUUAGGGGAAUGGAAAUUAAGCGAAGAAGAAGGAGCUAUUUUUAAACAAAAAGCAGAACAGAUUAGACAAAAAGCUGAGCACAUAUAUAACAAAUACAAGGUUAUGUUUACUAUACCUGAGGGUCAAUCGUUUUGGCAAUCAUUCUCGGAUCAAGUAGUCCAUUUUAAAAAAUUAACGAAAGAUAUGCCGGAAGAAAAAGUAUUUUCAUUAAUGUCCGAUCCUGCUUGUUCAGAUACAAAUAUAUCAGAGGAUUUACCAGCAGAUGAUAGUAUACUGGAUGUGACUGAAACAGGACCGAUAACAGAACCAGAACAAGAAGCGGAAUGCGAACGAGAACCAGAAGUGGAAUCUGAGCCAAAACCAAAAUCAAAUACAGAAAUUGAGCAGAUAGCACAAACAGAGACACAAGCAGAAUCAGCAUCAAUUACUGAAAAAGAAAUAGAAGCAGAAGUGCCUACUAGAAAUGAGAGUCCUAAACAUGAAACAGCCAAGUAACAUAUGUAAACUUUUUUUAUCUGAUAAUGUAAACUUUUGCUUAUUUGCUUGUAUAUCAUUAUAGUACUAAAAAAGAGUAUAUUAUAGUUGAAGUACAUCGGGCACAUUCAUACAAGAAUAUUUGGCCAAUAUGACUUUUUUAUGAUCCUUUUUCUAUAUUUCAUAUGUGGCAACCUUUAAAUUAUUAUUUAAUGGCACAUUCACUCUCUUUCUUACGGAUAUAGCUUUUAUAUUUAAAAUUCGAUAAAGUUUAACUCCUUUGAUAAAAUGCAAUUAAUAUAUUAUUCCUUAUUACAUCCUUUACUAUUCAUUACAAUGGAAUAUAUCGCAGUGCUCAU